GGGAUUUAAGUCAAAAAGGAGGAAAAGAAUGAAGUGUAGGAGGAAAUAUGGUUGUGAUUAACAAGAAUAUAGUGUUUGAGUUGACCGUUAGGCUGUGCGGUCGGUCGACUCAGAGCGAGAGAACGAGAGAGAGAGAGAGAGGGGAGGGGGCUAAUAGAGAAUGCAUGCGAAAGCUUACUGCCAAAAAUGAGACGGGGAGUUUUUCGGAGAGAAAAGAAAGUACAGCCCAGCACCAGGAAGAGAAGAAGGAGUAGCUGAGAACAGAAGGCGCAAAGAUGGCGGCAGCUUGCGUGUCUGAUAUUGAAGGGACUGAAAAUAUUUCACUGCCGCGCUUUGUCAGCUCAAGCCCAAAGGAGAAGAUCUGUCUUUGCCGGAUGAACAAGCUCCACUGAGUGGUUUUUGUUUUGGGUUUUUUUUCUCAAAGCCUGACCUCCACCUGCAGGAAAACUCCUUCAGUGGUAUACUGGGAACUAUUCAGCUGUUUUCUCCUCCCCCCUGACUUCUCUGAUGGAUCAGAGAAUGAAGGGGGACAGCCCUCUAAUGACGGACUCCACAUUGGAUGCCUCGACUGUACCUGAGGAUUUUGAGCAAGACCAAGAGAAAAGAAAACGCGUGGAGACGGACGAUUCGGACGUGGGUAAGAAGGAGGACAAGCGAGGAAAGAAGAGGGAAGGGGACAAGGGGGCGGUGCUGGAGUUGCUCAUUGAAGGGCGCUGUGGGGGCGCGGGGCAGAUAUGUGGCAGAGAGACCAGCUGCCCCGACGGGAACGUGCGACUCCGCAUCGGAGUGCAAGCCAAGCGUACCAAGAAGCCGCCCAAGAUCUUGGAGAGCUACGUCUGCAAGCCAACCAUCAGAACCUAUCAGAGGCAGCAGGGCCGAGGGGGUGCGUUGCCCACCAGGACCGCCGCCGCCGAUCCGGUUGACGCGAGCAGAGAGAACCGCUCGGGCUCAGAUGUCACCCAAACGGCAUCAUCCGCAACAGCACAGUCCUUAACACCAGCAAAUGCGACUGUUCCCGCCGUAGCCUCGGUCAAGCCGGGCCCCAAACAGGUGCCUCUCAAACUGGCGGGAAUUACAGAGGCCGCCGGUUCGUCAGAGAAAGCGAAGAAAGAGAAGAUCCAUGAGCAGUCGCUCAAAACGUGCGCGUCCACUUCCGACCAGGAAGCUUCGGCCGCUCUUUCCGGGCCGUGCGCCGAAACUGGAAGGGAAAUCGUCAAAAAACACAAUGGCGUGGUACAGAGCAAAAAAGGACUUUGCGCUGAAGAUAAACUCCGAGAUGUCAAAACGGCAAAACACAGCAGCUCCGUUUGUCCGUCUCCAGGUUCUUCUAAAACAGAAACUUGUAAUUCCGCUUUGGAUAUGUCACCCGCCGGGUCACAAGUUCAGGAAACUUCACUAAAGCGCUCAAAUGACAAAAAGAGAGCUAAAGAGCGUAAGUUAAAGAAAGACAAACGUAAAGAAAGAAAACCCAAGGGCGAUAGACUGGAAGCGGGGAGAGGAACGAGUGAUGACAGAAAGGAUGAAAUCAAAAAGAAGAAAAAAGCAAAGGAUGGAAAAGUGCGACAGGGUAAAGACGGACAUGAACUGAAGAUUGGAGAAAAGGCCGACAAAAGCAAGAUGAGCCUCGAGAAACAACGAAAAGAGGACACGUGCUCGGGGGGCGGGGCUAAAUGCGAUCAACCGUAUCAAGUUGCGGACCAAGGAAGAUCUGAUGAGGGCAAGCAGGCGGAGCCGCAAGCCACCAUUGCCGACAGCGGGAAUGACAUCAUCAGGUCUCCUCCAGCCUUAUCUUCUGGCCCGCCCCCUCUGUCUCCACCAUCUUCUUGUCCAGAGCAGGACAGCAGACCACUCAAGAAACGUAAAGCCCGAAGGCCCAGCUGGACCAAGCUGGUUCACCGAGCUCACAGAGUGGAAAAUCAGGAAGGAGAUUCUCCGAGUUUCUCUCCCAAGUUGCCGACUCACUCGACUCCUUCCUCGUCAGUUUCUUCCACGGCAAAAGCAUCUUCUCCGAAACACAACCCCAACGUAUCGAUUCCUAAACAGUCGGCACGAAAACGUGGCCGACCCAAAUCCCACACCAUGAUCUUCACCGAUCCCCCUCUAAGACUUUCCCCCGAGGAGGUUGCCUUCCUGGAGUGCGAUGACAUUCAGAAAAGCCCGGUUCUGGACCGGAGCCCAAAGAAGCGUGGCCGUCCUCGCAAACAACCCCUUCGGAAAACAGACGACACGGAGAAGAACGGAGAUCCUCCCAGGCAGCUAAAAAUCAGGAGGCUGAUCAAUGAGAUGAAGAAAAGGAAGAAGAAGAGACUUUACAAGGUCAUGAUGUCAAGCAAUGCGGGAGACGAGAACAAGCGCGUUCCAGCUUUUGCAACUUCUCACAGAACCUACAAACCCAUCGAACCUCCGACAGUGCCCACGCUCUCUGACUUGUCCUCCUCCUUCGGGACCAAGCUGGGCCCUCAAAUCAAUGUGAGCAAGCGAGGAACCAUCUACAUGGGUAAGAGGAGAGGCCGCAAGCCCAAAUCCCAAACGGCUCGUUUGAAUUCCCACAGCUACGCUCAGUCGUCUUUGUUCGGGCAGCCCACCGAAACGUCUCUCUUCGUGUCCAACCAGCCGCCGGUGGCCCCUCACCCGUUUCCCUCCCCGUCCCUCACCCACUCCAGCGGGGCCCAGAGCCCUUACAGCGAAGGAAGCGUCACAGAACCCAGCUCCGCUCUCCUUUUCCCUCCGCCUUUCUCCCUCCCAUCGCCAACGUCUUCCUGCACGUCUCCCCGUCCCCCGUCCAGUUCCUCGCUGUCCCCCUUUGUGAAGAAAAGUUGUCCCUGCCAGGGCAGGCAACACUUCCCUUUUCACCAGUCGUCAUGUAAGCUGUCCUCAACCGGCGCUCCGCUCCAUCCCGCGCCCGGCUCGCCCGGCCACCUCAAAGACGCCACCCCGUCACCCAGGAGCGAAUCGCAUAGCGAAGAGACCUUGCCUAGCGACAGCGGCAUCGGAACGGAUAACAACAGCGUCUGCGAGCGAGCGGAAAUGAGGGGCGUGAGAGGCAUGCUCAGGUUGGGCCAAGGGUCCGGCGGGAUCCUCGGGGGCCCCAAACUCUCCUCUCUCGCCGACCCGCUUAUGACCAGACAUAAGAAUCCCAUGGUAAACCCGACUUCCGCGGAACGCCACCGACAUAGGCACAGACGGCGGGAUUACAGCUGUCCCUCUUCCUGCAAUUGCCUCUGUCCCUGUUCCGGACACAACAAGUGCACUCAGUCAGAUUACUUCCCUCGCAUCGCCCACAACGCACCGAAGAGAGCGAAAAACAAACACAAAAAGAAACACCAGCAGCUACUCAGGCAGGACCCGGAGUUCCUGUCUGAACUGGAAGAGCUCAUCGGUCAAUUCGGCCAAGUCCAUAUCGGCCGGCGAGGCUGGACCAGAUCGGAGUUGAAUCGGGCUUUCGACGGGGGACGGCGCCAUCACCCCUCGCAUUCCCACCGCUCCAAUAUUUUCCGGAUCAAUCUGAACGGCUUCUACUCGCCUCACCAUUCAACCUACGCCGCUAACCCUUCCUUCCCCGCGCAGUCUUUCUACCCCUGCCAGACAUUGCAUUGUAACAGAAAGCCGGAACGCAGGCAGUGCGGAUGCCCGUCCAAGUUCCAGGAGACCGUGGACAACAUGGGCUUCUACAGCGGCUACCCGCCGGCCACCACGCUUUACCAUCAUCUCCCCGGCUCGUACCCGCUCCCCUCCCCUCACCAGUUUGCCUCGCAACAACACCACCACGCCCACCUCCUCCUGAACCCCGCCAGGUUCCACAGGCGGAGGAACAGGCUGCUGAGGGACGGCACCCUCGGCGGGGACAACGAAGGCAAUUUAAGCUACCCGUGUGACUGCGGUCACAAACAUAAACACCGACAGAGGCUAUGCGAACGCAACGUGGAAGACGAGGCGGCGGUAGAACACCAACAGGAGACCAGAGAGACCUUCUCCACUUCUAAGUCGAGGUUCGUUUUGGGGCAAGGCGGAGGGUGGAAGGGGACAAAAGGAAUCGGGGGCGUGCGCUCCAAAGAGUCACCAUGGUUACGGGAGAACACAAAUAAUUCCUUCUCCGCUGCCGCAUCGUCAUCAUCGUUGGCAGAGAGAUCAAAACACGCGUCUCUCUUCUCGGUGGGGCUGGGCUCUUCUCACUUGUCUUCAUUUGGAGGGGGCUGGGGCGCCUUGGGACAAAGUUGGACCAAACUUCGAGGUGCGGGGUUCCCAAACACCAGCUGGGGAUCCUCCGCCGGACGCACAGGCCCGAUGAUCCCCUCCGACCCGGAUGACGAAGACGACGGUCACCACCCCCACCCGAGCAGGACGCCUCCGUCCCCGACGCAUACCAACCUGUUCACGUCGGUUGACGUGGCGACCGGGGGGCGUGGCUUGAGGAGUGAGUCGGCCAAUAGGAAUCUAGGAAGCGCUGACAGGUUAUGGAGGACGGAUGAGCCAGCUUGGACGGAGAGGAGAGACGCAGCUUUCCAAGGUGACCCGAGAAGCCGCGGGCAGCUCAAAGGCGUGCCAAAGACGCACGGCGCCGAUGAGAAAAACAAACGAAGACCCGGUCGACCCAGGAAACGCCCUCUGCCCUCCGCUUUGCCUCCCACCGUGUCGUCGCUGGACCUCGCGCGAAGGAGGAAUGGCGACGCCGGAGGGAGGCUUUCCGACCUUGACGGAGCGGCUGUUAGCGCCGUGCGACAGGUGACGGAUUCGGAGCCGCGGGCCAAGAGGAAGCAAGGACGCAAGAGAAAACAUGACGCCUCUCCCUGUCGUCAGAGCGUCGCCGAGGACGAGACGGGGCGCCUGGACGCGCCCGCCGAACGUUUCGGCCGAUCGGCCGCCGAGCAACCCGCAUCCAGACCGGCUGCCGUCCAGAGAGACAAGAGUGAAGACGGUCCACCCAGGAAGCCCUUUUUAAAGGCUGGCCUUUACUCUGAUGAUUACAAAACGACAGAUCCUCCUUCCCAGUCGCCACUUUUCUCCAGAGGGAGCGCCGAGUACAAACCCGGCGAGAGCGGCCUUUUACCGGCCCCCAUCCACGUUGGGAAGUACUUGAGGAUGAAGAGGAUUCAUUUCCAGUUACCUUAUGAUGUCAUGUGGCUUUGGCAGCACAACCAGCUUCAGAGGCAACCUGCCUUCCCUCUGAAGAGGAAGCGGCGCUACUGCCGACUGAAGGAGAGGAUUUUUCCUUCUCAGCACGCAGCGGAAGAGAACUCGGGUGACUUGGCCAGCCUCUUUCCUCACCUCGACAUGGAGCCCUUGAGCAGCGACGAGCGGAGCUUCGUGGUGACACAUCGCGUGUUCCUGGUGAGGAACUGGGAGCUGGUGAGGGAGCGACAAAUCCGACUGAGGACGGAGGGGAGGCGAGAGGGGGACAGCGAGGCCGAGGAGAGGGACUGGCACGCCGUGUGCGCCGACGGAGCCGGCGGGGACGAUAGCUACAUCAAGUCAGAUGUACCAGUGGGGGUGGCGGAGGUGACGAUAUCCAGCAGCGAUCCCCACCCCGCCAGCGACGACACCCCCCGCUCGCUCACCGCCAGCCCCCGCCCCACGGAGAUCCGCAACAGAGAAGAUGAUGACGAUGAGGAGGAGGAGGAGGAAGACAAAGCGGGAGAAUGCAGCAGAAAGCAGAGAAGAAAGCGGCUGAACGAUUUACUUUUGACCCUGCAGCAUUCAUAAAUUAACACGCGCAUUGAGGCGGGAGCACUCAAGAGGAAAAGGGACCACGCCGCAGGACACACGGACAGGUGCUGCAUUUGAAUUGGAAAAAUAACAACAUCAACCAACACAGCGGAGCGAGGAGAAUUUCAAAACGCGAGAAAGACAUCACGGCGCGCUCUGACAGCCGCUGAACCGAGCGCUCUGAAGGGCAUCACACCAAGGAUGAAACCAUGGCAACACAUCUUUUGUCCGGGAUGAAAGAGAGAGAAAAAAAGAGAAGGGGAGCGAGAGAGAGAGGGAGGGAGGGAGGGAGAGGGAGGAUCAACAGAAACAGACCAGCUAAAAUUAAUUUGCACUAGUGCCCGAGCACGCUAAAGACACUAAACAAGUGUGUAUGCACUUGGAUUGCUCCUACUUGGGCACCUUGAAGCAAACUGUGGAAAAGAACACAAACCCUUGGCCGUUUUUGAGCUGGGAGAGCUAACUAGGUCACUAAUGAAGCUUCCAAAGUCACAUUGCACCUUUAGGAAAGGGGAGGAAGCUCGCCAGCUUAAAAGCACUUGUUUGGCUUUUCUUCACUUUACAAGCCAGUGAAUAAGAAGACAAGAGGGGGGGGGCUCUUAGUGAUUAGAGGAAUUUUGGCACCGCUGCAAAAGAAUUUCUAAUAAGGUUUUAAGAAAGAUGUUAUUUUUUUGUGUGCUAAACAAAAUCUAUGAACACUAGGAAUGUUUAUUGUGAACUAUUUUCUUCAAGUAUUGCUUCCUGGGAAGAAAGGAAGGUCAAAUGUGUCUUUAUGUAUUUCAGACUGACUGCCGUUGAGAAUGUUUUGUUUUUUUUGACAAUCAGAAUGUCCCAGGGUGUUUAAAAGAAAACAAAAAAAUGAGAAAAAGAUGGCAAAUAUGAAAUGCUAAGUAGAAGUGCCAUGCUGUCUUGUGUCCAAGCAAUAUCUCCUAAUAAGACUAUAUGAUACAUUAUAAGGUAAUGUUUUAUUAGUUAUUUUUAUGUACAGAUUGUUCUUAGAUUGCUCUUACUUUAGGAGCAUUCGCUCGCUUCGUACAAUACACAAUAUUUAGUUUUAUGUACAUAUCAAAACUAUAUGACGAGAGUUAAUCAUCCAAUAGUGUUGUUCUUUUACAUCUGACCAAUACAUUAGACAGUUGUCAUUAGACUAUGAUUGUAUACCUUUUUUAUUCGUAAUGUUUUUUAGACAAGCAUGUUUUUAUUGGUCAGUGAUUUUUAAGUUUUUGUGGCUUUUUUAAAAAUUAACAAGCCAAGAAAGUGCAAUUUCUUUGACUGUUUACAUAUCCUACAUAUAUAUUCCCCCUUUUCCUUUUUUUUGUAAAACAGUGCAUUGCUGCAAGUUAACUUUAUAGCAAAGGUACACUUAAGAGUUAUCUAGUUUGCAUGACAUGUAACCUUUGCCUGCUGCCUCUAACACUGUACAUCUGAAAAACAAAACGUCAUAGAAAGAUCAGAUUUUUCUUUUUGCAUAUAUAUCCAAUAAUAAAAAGCAUUUUAUGUCUACCA